GUCAACAUCAACAUCAACAUCAACACAGAUAUCUAGUAUCUCGGUAGCAAUCAUCAUCUCCGCAUACAUGUCACGUCGUGUUGAAUUCUCGUGAUAUAAAAUUGAACGCGAGGCUGUGCCCAUGAGCCAUCACAUAAGGAAGGGACGGGAAGGGAAGGAAGGAUCUUAUAACAAAAACGCUCAGCUGCGAAUCAAAAGAGAAAGCGCUACAUGAACCUUGCUCUCUCUGCUUUGGGAUUAUCCUCCAAUGAAUCCAUCUGAGAUUAUCUCACUACUAACUUCUCACUCAUUACAACCAAUCUUCUUCUUCCAUCGUCCCUCUUCCUUCUUCCCUCUUCGCUUUUCCCUCUCUUCCUUUACUCGUUCGCACCUUUUCAUCUCAUCGCCCUAUUGUCACUUACUUCUACAAGUCUAUCAAUGACUCUCUUUUCAUCUUGAUGGAUCAUCACCACACGGGAAAUUUGCAACAGAAAAAGAAGUAUUUGACGUCCAUUCGUUUCUUAAAUUGAUUUGAACUUCUUUGGGAGGAUACUUCUAAGAUUGGGUGAAUCCUUCCAACCUCUUGAGGAUUUCCAACUUCAGCAUCGACUCUUCCAUAUCUACAAACACACGCUACAUACUACACACUGUCCACGAUCGAAAAUCUUUGGACAAUGCUUCCUACUUUCGCUUUAUCGGCCGCGACGGCACUUCUAUUCAGUUCCUCGAUGGUUAAUGCUGAGAUAGAAUUAAAUCUCGAUGACGAUACUUCAAUAAAGAAUGCGGCUGCGACAAUCGCAUACGAUAUGAUGACAUACUAUAAGGGCAAUCAAUCGGGAGGAAUACCUGGAGUUUUACCUGGACCUCCACCAGAUCCUCCUACGGGUUAUUAUUGGUGGGAAUCCGGUGCAAUGUGGGGGUCUCUUAUCGAUUACUGGUAUUAUACUGGCGAUUCUUCAUACAACGACGAUGCGAUGGCGGGGAUUCAAUGGCAAACUGGGGCAAACAAUGAUAUGAUGCCUGCGAAUUGGUCACAAUCUAUGGGAAAUGAUGAUCAAGGAUUUUGGGGAAUGACAGCUAUGACGGCAGCGGAAACGAAAUUCCAGGAUCCUCCUUCGGACAGACCAGGCUGGCUGGCUUUGGCUCAAGCAGUUUUUAAUACUCAAGCAGUGCGAAUUGAUAAUGCGACUUGUGGUGGAGGUUUACGUUGGCAAGUUUAUCCAUAUCUUACGGGUUACAAUUACAAGAACUCUAUCGCAAAUGGAUGUUUCUUUAAUAUCGGGGCGAGACUCGCAAGAUAUACCAAUAACGAAACAUACGCCCAAUAUGCUGAAGAAACAUGGAAUUGGGUCACAAGUGUUGGAUACAUGGACAAAGAAUAUAAUAUUUAUGAUGGUGCUCACAUUGAAGAGAAUUGUACGGAUAUCAACAAAGUUCAAUUCUCUUACAACUCGGGAGUUUAUUUACUUGGUGCAGCUACUAUGUAUAAUCAUACAAACGGCUCCGACAUUUGGAAAGAACGUGUCGAUGGACUUCUCAAUGCUACAUUCAAAAACUUCUUCCCUACCGGUGAUAUCGCAUACGAAAUUGCUUGCGAAGCAAAACUUUCAUGUACAACUGAUAUGUAUUCCUUCAAGGCAUUUCUCACUCGUUGGUUGGCCGGAACCACAAAAAUGGCCCCUUACACUUAUGAUCUAAUCAUGCCAUACUUGAAAGCAUCCGCAGUCGCAGCAGCAAAACAAUGCUCAGGCCCAAGUCCAUUUGCUGGUAGAACAUGUGGAUUAAGUUGGAGCAAAGGAACGGAUUGGGAUGGAACAUCUGGUGUUGGACAACAAAUGGCUGCUAUGAGUGCUAUUUUUGUAAAUCUCGUUCAAAAAACUCAAGCCCCGGUUACGAACAGUACAGGUGGAACUAGUGUGGGGAAUAGUGCGGCGGGUAGCGGGAGUUCGAAUAGUUUGGACUCUGUUAAACCGCCAUCUACAGGAGACAGAGUGGGAGCUGGAAUGGUUACGACGGUGGUUUUGGUUGGAAUGACGGGAAUGUUUGGGUGGAUGAGUUUGUAGUUUGGAAGGAGAAGGAAGAGUAGAAUUGAGAGAUGGGUAUGGGAGAGGAGCGAGGGCAAGGGAAUAAGAAUGGGGAGGGGAAAAAUUAUGAAACGGAGUUGGGAAAUUAAUGUUUAUUUUCUUUCUUUACGUGGAUAUGGAAGGAUAUGGGAUAAGGUGUUUAAGCGUGCAACUUCUGCUGGGUUGGCGUGAUUGAUGGGAAGGAUGGAUAUGACAUGAGAUGUUGAGUUGGUGGUUGCAGUACUGGCUAUGAAUUCUUGUAUUGCAUUGUUUUUGCGUGCAUAUACCCCAUACACUGCUUUACUAAGAGAUAUACACAGAGAGGAUGAAUAGGUGGUGGUGAAGGAUUGAUGAUGAGAAUGAAAGGAUGGAAUAAGAUGGAAUGAACAAAUGGGAUUUUUAAAAAUAUAUCAUUUUGAUUGAUUGAUGUUUUAGAUGUUGUGAAUAUAGUGUAGGAGGUGAGAGAUGAUUUAUUUAUCAAAGUGUAAUCACUCAUUAGAAUAUUAGGGGGAAGAUCAAUCUAAGAGUCGUUUAGGUUUUUGGAUACCCAGGAAGACCCUCAGCCUUUGAAAUUAGUGUAAAAUCACUUCAUUUUGCCA